AUGGACAUGAACUAUCAACAUGAUGAGUUAGCUAUUCGUGAUGUUGAUUCCGAAAGAAAAGGAAAAGGGAAACUAUAUACUGACGAGAAAAGGAAAGCGUGUGAAAGUGAUUUAAAAACAGGUGAUUUAGUUUUAUUGAAACAGAAACCUGAAAACAAAUUAAUGCCAAAUUUCGAAACAAACCCAUAUCGUGUUAUUUCUAAAUAUGGAAAUGCUGUCACUGUUGAAAAUAAUAAUGGUGUGCGUUAUAAAAGAAAUUCAACACAUGUGAAAAAGUUUAUCGAGAAAUUAAAUACAACUCAAAGUGGAAAUAAUAGUUUUCAAAGUGUAAAUGUACCAACUAGUGCUCACUCAGAUUCAGUGUUCGAUUAUAAUAGUUUAGAUGAUAUUAUUGAAGAUGAUUCAAUAGUUCAUUUUGAUAAUAAUGGUUGGUAUUAUUUAUAUCAUUACAAUAAAGAAAUGGUUGAAGAAGAAUGGUAUGAAACUACAAGAAUGGUUCCGAAACACACCGAAAAAGAAAACGUAGAAAAAGUUUACUCACAUAAACACCCUUUUAUAAGAUAUUUUAUCAGACAAAGUAUUAAAGGAGGAAGAGUUUCGGCAAAUCGAAAAUCAUUUGAAAUGAAUAAAAUGGAUGAAAUUUGUAAUAUAUUAAGUGAAUACUCAGAAACACUAAGUGAUAAUAUAAUUGAUUUAUUCAAAGAAUAUAGUGCUAACCCAAAAGAUAAAACGGAGGUUCAUUCGAGACUUAAAAAAAUAAAAUGUACUAAACUAAUGGCCUUUGAUGCUAACGGUUUAUACGCUUCCGCUAUGUCGGAUUUAGACAGCGAAUAUCCGAAAGUGAAAUUCAGACCUAGAACUGCUAUUUUAAAAAUCUGGUUUGAAUAUCCCAAAAACUUGUUCUUCCAACCCAUACCAGCUAAAGAUAAAAUCACUUUCACGAAUAGAAUUGGUAAAAAGGAAACUGGCACUAAAAUCAGGUUCAGAAAUGGUUUCUGCCACGACGUUUUAACAUCGGUCGAUAUUCAAGAAAUAGUGAAAGCCGGUGGACGAAUUAUUAAAAUAUUAGAUGGUAUAGUAUACGAAGACAAUUUUAAAACUGCACCAUAUAGAGAUUAUAUUUUAAUUUUCAGAGAUCUAAGAAAUAAAUAUAAACAAGAAGGUAAUAUCGUAGGUAGUAAUUGCAUGAAAUUAUUAGGUAAUUCUUUGUAUGGUAAAUCUAUUCAGAAGGAUAUAACUACAUCGAGACAUUUAUGGAGUGAAGCGACUUUAAAAGCCAACUUCGAUUCACAUGUUAUAAACUAUGAAAAAGUAAAUGAGACUCAAUAUAUAGUUGAGAUAAAUGAAGAAGAAAGAGAAUUUGACUGUUCACCUCCUAAAUCUACACGACUAACACUUUGUCAUUCGGGAUCAUUCGUUUUAUCUCACAGUAAAAAAAUAAUGAAUAAUUUUAUUCACGUAAUAGAUGGAUUUUAUAAGCCGGAAAUAUACUAUACAGAUACUGAUAGUUUAUACAUUUCGUCUAGCAAUUGGGAUAAAUUAAAUGAAGGUGGGUUGGUGUCCGAAAAUGAUUAUUGUAAAGGAAAGAAUGAUUACGGUGAUGGUGGAAUUAUAUUUGGUUUAUAUUUAGCGCCAAAAGUUAAAUACAAUAUCAUUCUAACUUCCGACGGUGUUUUAAAAGAAAAGAAAACGUUUAAGGGUUACUCUAAAGAUAAGAUAUCCGUAGAAGAUUAUAUUCGAUUAGCUAAUGGACACGAUGUAACGAAUGAAUUUAAGAAACCUUGGGUAAAAAGUUUCACCAAUGGAGUAGUUAUUCCAAAGGAUGAUGAUAAACAAAAGAAAGUUUUCAGAAGUUACCUGAAUCUCGUUAAGAGAAAAGCACCGGACGAUGAAGGAAUGAUGUAUCCUUACAAAGACGGAAAAGAAUUGAACAUGGAUGAUAACUACGAAUUUGAUGAUUGCAAUUACCUUACUAUUCAAGAAGAGAAUGAAGAGUGUUAA